AUGUCGGAGAUCCGGGGCAUUUUACCCACCAAGCCUGAAAUCACCAAGGGAGUCCGUGCUUAUAGAUGCAAAGUGAUGGGUCUAGACGAUUACUGGCAUAAAGGGUUCAGGCGUUCUGGCAACAAAAACAUCGGAGGGGAGGGGCGAAAAGAUGGCCCCGGCCACCCGCCCCGGGGGACCCAGAUCUGGUCACCUGCCAAUAAACACGAACAAUCCUCGCCGGGCGGGACCCCAAGGCUCGCGCUUCCCCGCCAGCAACGACAGCCGGCCUCCCUGCCCUCCGAGCAGGCCCGGCGCGGUCCCGAGGAUGCUCCCCGGACGCCGCCGCGGGUCCCGCACCGCUCCCGCGUGCGUAACCGGACCUGUCAAAGCCUGCUCUCCGCGGGCCCGGCGGGCGGCAGCGCGGGCUCCGCGGCCCCGGCCGCCGCCAGCGCGACCGCACCGCGGCCCUCCGCGGCGCCGACUCCGGAGGGGCGCCAGGGGCCGGGCGGCGCGGAGCCCGGGCCGGUGGACGCCCGGCUCGCAGGCCGCGCCGCCCGGGACCGGGCGAGGCCGCGCGCCAUCUGCCCGCGCCGGCUGCCCUCCUCGGCGGGUCCGGGCCCGGGCGCCCACGCGGGCCUCCGCGCCGAGGCGGGCGCAGCCGCUCCCCGCCCCGCACACAAAGCGGCUCCGCGGGAGCCCGCCUCACCUGCAGCACGGGGCGCCGCGGGCCUUCGAGAACCAUCGGACCCCGCUCCGGCGCGCGCGUCACAGCCCAGGCCUCCCGGUGCCGCCUGGCGCCGCCGCCGCCGCCGCCGCCAUUUCCUCCCGCUCGCCGUCGCCUCGUCCCCGCUGUCAGGUUACUCCAUUCACCUGGGCCUGGAGCAGCCUGCGCCGCGCCGCGCCUCCGCCUCGACCCCUCCCGCCCGCGCCUGCGGAGACUGCGCAGAGCCCGGCUCGCCCGCAGCCCGCGCACGGCCCGCGGCAACGGCGCACAGCCGCUUGAAGAAUCCCACCGGCGCCCGCGCCGCCCCCUCCGCGCCCCCACGCUCCGCUCGGCCCCGCUCGCCCCGCGCCGGCAUGAGAGCGAGCCUGUGAUUGGACAGAGCGCGGCGGUGAAAGGUUAAUCCCGGCCCCGCAGCCAUUCAGGAGCCGGGAGACAGCGGACGCGGGAGGCGGAAGCCAGGCGGCGUUUGCGGCCCAGCGCCGGGAGUGGACCGGGGCGACCCACCGCCUGCGGCCCGGCGCCUUCGCCGCGCUCCUGGGCCCGCGCGCCGGGGCCGCGAGCGCUCGCCGGGCUCGGCAGAACCUCCCGCCUCUCGGAACUCGUCCGCCUCCAUCGUUGCCCCUCUGACACCCACCGCCCCCUAAACGUGGCCCUUCUCCACGGCCGUAAUUGUUCUCCGGAGGCUCAGCGCUCCUCUUACCACCGCCUCCCCUUUUUAAAGGGCCUUCCCACUCGCCUGCUUCUUCCCCGCGGUGGUGGUGCCGGGCCCUCCGCAUUUGGGGAGACAACAGACCCCACCCCCGCCCCGGAAUAGGAAUAACCGGAUAAUGGGACGGAGACGGGGGGGGGGGGGGGCGCUUAUGUAAAUUGUUCCUUUGCAUAGGUUGCAACCCUCUGCCACACCUCGUGUCUGUGAAUUAAAGAGUGGAUGGAGGUCCAGGCAAGUCAGGAUAUAAAUGUACCUUUGCUUAAGACUCUUUGUUUGCAAGUAACAGAAACCAAUCUGAAGUAGCUUAACCAAAAGGGAAGAACUGUAUCAUAAGGUUGCACACGCUUCUCACAGAAGCCGGGAGCAGGAAUACAGCUGCAGCAAAGGAGUAGACCCAGGAGUUGGAAAGCUUUCAGGAACUCAAAGCUCUGUCCGCUGAAAGAACCCUGGAGCAGCAGCCCUAUAUCCAGGAGAACACCUAACAUCCAGAUUGAAACACCAUCUUCUGCUAAAAGGAACCGGGAAUCCUUGAAGAAAUACCUGAUUUCACGGUUGGGACAGAGAAAGCGUAAGUGAGCCUCGACCUUCUUGUCGUGCCAGAAAACAUGAAAAUGCUCGAAGAGUGAAGGAGACAUUUCAAAACAACAACGUAGUCCGUUUGAAGGGACUCCCGCUGGCCAAAUCUGGGAAAUUGGAACAUCAAAAUAAAUGAUGAUAGUAGGA